AGGCUUUGAGUAAUUUGAAAAAACAAAACAUUGAUGAAGCGAGAUUUUGGACCGAUGUGUACUGUAACAUCAUAGCUAGCAAUUGCUUUCGCGGCAAAUACUCAAAAUUCCUGGUGGAUCUUUGGAAUGAAUAUGACGAGAAAAAAGAAUCUGAGAACGAUUCACCAAAAAUGUUCCCUGAAGAUCAGCUGUAUAUAUCGUUGAAAAUGAGCCACGGAGGUGAAGAUAUUCAAAAUCAUGUAUUCACCUCUGCAAGACAGUCUUACCACAUUAUACUGCAGGUGAUUUGUGCUCUGGCGGUCGCCGAACGUUCUCUAGAGUUCGAGCAUCGAGACUUGCACAUCGGAAACAUACUAGUAUCGAAAACUAAUGAAAAAUCGAUAUUUUUUAAGAUCGAUGGUAUGGAAUUCAAACUGCCAACGUUUAACAAAAAGGCAACGAUUAUAGACUAUACUUUGUCAAGGAUAAACGCUGAUAAUCAACUCAUAUAUAACGAUUUAGGAAAGGAUGAAGAGCUAUUUCAAGGCCAAGGAGAUUUGCAGUUCCAAAUCUACAGGGACAUGCGAGAAGAUACAAGAAAUGAAUGGAAUAAAUUUGUGCCAAAAACAAAUUUGAGAUGGAUUCAUUACCUUGCCACCAAAUGCUUGAAGGAUGUUAGCUACAAGAGUGGUUCUAAUACUUAAGUACAUAAAUCAUUCCUUAAAAAACUAUCGGCAUUGGCAGAUGAAGUCCUUAACUUUAGCAGUUGUCAUGAUUUCAUGAUGAACUCAGAAAAAAACGAUGAAUCAUCAUGUAGAUUGAUUUAUCUAUAAAAAAUGUUGUGUUUGUUACCAGUACUUAAUUAAACAUUUUACGAAUUGUUGACUUCAAAAACUUCUAAAUUCAAUGCAAAACCAAACUGGAAAAACUACAAUUUCUAACCAUUUUCAACCAAUACCUCUUUUUCAUACCCUAUUGCCUAUAAACUGCUUCUCAAAGCCCUCAUUAAACAUAAUAGAACUCUACACUUUACAAUAUCAUUCACUUCUCAAAAACCUAACCUCAAAUUACUUCAAAAACUUCUUAAUUCAAUGCAAAACCAAACUAGAAAAACUACAAUUUCUAACCAUUUUCAACCAAUAUCUCUUUUUCAU